GGGCGGCGCGUAGGGCAGGGCGGCAGCAGCAGGUGGCUGCGCUCUGCUCCGCGCCGUUCCGCGCUCCCGGCCACCUCUCCUACCUCUCCUACCUCUCCUCUCAGCUCCCCGCCGCCUCAGCGCGGCCCCGCCGCCGCCAAGACGCCGCGGGCCGUGCUCCGAGUGAAGAAUGGGGCGGCCAAGCUCGCCAAGCCGCCCGCGGCCGCGGGCGAGACCCCCGGCGGCGCCCCCGGAGCCGGGCUCUUCAUGGAGCGCUCGCAGAGCCGCCUCAGCCUCUCCGCCUCCUUCGAGGCCCUGGCCAUCUACUUCCCCUGCAUGAACAGCUUCGACGAGGAGGACGCGGAUGGUGAUGGUCGGAGACUGAAAGGAGCCAUCCAGAGGAGCACAGAAACUGGCCUGGCUGUGGAAAUGCCCAGCAGGACCGUCCGUCAAGCCAGCCACGAGUCCAUCGAAGACAGCAUGAACAGCUAUGGAUCAGAGGGAAACCUGAAUUUCAGUGGAGUCCAUCUGGCAUCUGCUGGGCAGUUUAGUGACUUUCUGGGGAGCAUGGGCCCUGCACAGUUUGUUGGCCGUCAGACCUUGGCCACCACAUCGAUGGGGGAUGUGGAAAUUGGCUUGCAAGAGCGAAAUGGGCAGCUUGAAGUGGAUAUCAUUCAGGCUCGAGGACUGACACCAAAACCUGGCUCCAAAACACUGCCAGCUGCUUACAUCAAAGCUUACCUGCUAGAGAAUGGUGUGUGCAUUGCGAAAAAGAAGACAAAAGUGGCUCGCAAGUCAUUAGACCCUUUGUACAAUCAGGUGUUGCUGUUCGCUGAGAGUCCCCAGGGCAAAGUAUUACAGGUGAUAGUCUGGGGAAACUAUGGACGCAUGGAGCGCAAGCACUUCAUGGGAGUCGCCAGGGUUCUCCUGGAAGAACUGGAUUUGUCCACUUUAGCAAUCGGCUGGUACAAGCUCUUCCCAACUUCCUCGAUGGUAGAUCCCACUACAGGCCCACUCCUGCGCCAGUCCUCACAGCUUUCCCUGGAGAGCGCAGUGGGACCCUGCUGUGACAGGUCUUAGUGAGUAAGGAAGGGGGAACUGCUUUUGUUUUUUAAACAUGCUGUCAAGGUUUUGUUUGCUGGAACUCUGACCUCAAGCGCAAUGCAUGUUCAAUCAGUUCUUGUGGAGCUGGAAGAGGAGGAUUAACCAGUGACCUUAGACAGAAGACAAGGGGGAGGGACUGUGCCCUUUCUGUCCAAGGAGGAGGUGCCGUGGGGCAUGAGUCCUAGUUGUCAAAUUAGACAUACACCUCUUGUUUCACUUCUCUCGCUGUCAUUCUUGGACCCUUGUUUCAGAUCAAUAUCAACCCUGGAAAGUUGCAGCAUUCAAAAGAAUUUGGAGGGAGUAAGGAAUGGAUUUCUCUUAGUUGCGCAUCUUGGAAAUUUCUAAUAUGAGUUCUUUCACAAGAAAGUACCUGAAAAAUUUAGAGGUCAUCAUCUGGGCUAAAAAGACCAGGAACAGAAAGUUUAAGAGGAAGCAUUAGGUCUUUUUGUAAUGUCUGUCUUUCUGAGAGGAAGAAGAAAAAAGAAACCUGCAACUCUUUCUUUAGAAUCAGUUCCCUGUCACUGAGUCAUGUUAGCUGUAACACUGUCGUUGCUGUGUUUUCAAACUGUGCCAAAUUACCAGCAAGUGUCUUUACUGCAUUACGUGUCUAACACUGCUGAUGAAGCAUACUUGGUGGGAGAACAAGUAGCGCCUACUUAGAGCAGACAGUUUAAACAGAGUUCGAGUUUAGCUGGCUAAUUAACCACAAUUUUGCUUGGAAAAAACCCCCAAAACACUAGAAGUGGGAGCUGAACAUCACACUUGCAGCUUGAGGUGUUUUUUAUUGUCAGAUAAGACAUUCUGCAGCUUGCUGACUCCCUUACUUGUUGCUGUGCAUUUUUCAGUCAUGAUGUCUUCUAUCUCCUGCUUUUUUCCUUCAUCUCCUUGAUACUGGUACAUAUCUGCUGGAGAUGCUGCCCUUCCUUCCCAGACCUGAAGCAGGACUGUUUUAUUCUGCCGCAGGAGAGGAAAUGGGGGGUUCUGGGGUGCAGGAGUAAGUUUGCCAUCUGAGAAGAAGGUGCUGGAGAGCCCAUAACCUUCCUUGUGGAGAGAGGGGAGCUCUGGGUAGUCUUGGUACUACACAUACAUUGUCAAGUGUCCUGCAAGAGGAGGUGUGAUCCCCAAAGUACAGAGAGGUAGUGGGUGAGAAUGUGAUGACACAGUGGUCACAGCACGUGUGUUGUGUUCAUUAAAUGAGUAAAGCACAUUUUCUGAGCUGUGGCAGCUGCUGCCAGCAGAGCCACGUGCUGGAGGAAGUGUGCUGGAUCCUUCAGACAAAUAAGUUAUCCAGAAUCACAGAGAAUCUCCAAAGAUUUUCUGUUGAUAGCUCUGUUUUGUCUUAGUUCCUAAAUGAGGAUUUGAUGACUGCUGUCCCAGAAUAAGCUUUUGGAGAUAUUUUACUUUGUGGUUUGAAAGUGAAGGUCCCAUGUCCCAAGUAGGAAUGGGCAGAUUCUUGGCCUGUCAUCAGAGAAAUGCUGAGCAUUUAUUUCUACAUGUGGACCUCAGCUUUUUUAGAGUAAAAGCGCGAGUGUUGAGUGGAUGGUAAAAGCAGUUGCUUUUGGUCCUAGCUUGUCUAUGGCAUUUUAAAUUAUUUUGAGAUAAAUUACAGGAUAGAUGCAAAAAUUAUAUAGGCCUUACAAUAAUCUGUAAAAAUUUAUAUAAUAUAAAGGAGAGGGAAGGAGGACAAGGGACAUAGAAUGACUAGUUUUUUGUGUCUUCAGUGGCAAAAGCCUCAACAUUUCAGAUAAAUCUAUUAAUUUCCUUGAUCAAAUAUGUCUCUGGCCUCUCACUAAUUAUUUUUUCUAAUUGUAUUAGACAAUUUCUAUAUAUUAGCUGAAGAAAGUUUGUUGCAUGCUGGUCAAACUAUGUUGUGGCACUCUAUCUUUUAUUUUUCUUUUUUACAAAGAAGCACAUUUACUGUAAUUCAAGUCAACAUCUUUUCCUCUUGGUAUGUAGUGAGUACUAGGCAAUAUUGUACAAUAUGUGUAUGAACUAGAAUAGAUUAGGUAGAUUUAGUGGUUUGUAGCACUGGAUCUUUUAAUAACUAUGACUUUAAAAGGACUGUGUGGAGCUCCAGGUACACGCCAGACUUGGCAACAGGGCUUGUGUCUUAAAUUAUGCCAAAAGCUUUGUAUUGGUACUUAGUUUGGACAUUAUCUACCAGUAAGAGCUAAGUUAAUCCUGAGUUUCCUGUGUCCAGUAAGAUGAAUGCAGCAUUUCUGCAGUUUUUAAUGGGGAGUAGGAGAGUAUAUAUGCCAAAAAUAUUUCCCCAGAAAACUUUGUUUAACGACUGUCUGUCAAAAAGCUCAGUUCCUGUGUGCCUGGCAGAUGCAAAGUGUCUCCGUUUUCCUGCCCCUCUGAAAGCUCUGCAGGCUCAGUGAUGACCAAUUUAAUUACAUGGACUCCUUAACAUCAAGGACUAUCUUCCAUCUGGUUUUAACCAUGCUGAAAGGUCACUGUCAGGGUAAAAUAAAGAAGUUAUGGUUCUAGUUGUGUUAGUUUUGUUAACAUCUCCAAUUCUGUAAUUUGGAGGCAGUUUCACAGUCUGCUGUGUCCUAUUUUCUUCUGCAUUUUUUACAUGGUUGAUUGUGGUCCAGUGCUUCUCACUUUUGUUUUACUCACUCCAAGUCCAGUUUCUCCCCAGUAUGUGAACACUGCAAUCCCUGGCUGCCAAGCACAGCACAGUCACAUGAACAGCAGACUCACAGGAGCCCUUCUGUGAGUGCCCACGGGACACAGAGUGAGGCCAGGGGACUUGCACGCUACGCUACAGUUGAAAUUCUUGCUUCACACAUUUGUGUGAUUCCUGCACUGGGCCAUGGUGUAUUGUAGUCAAAAAAGAACUCUUCUAUUGCCCAUUGAUUUAAGACUCCCAGUGCAACAUCCAAGACAAGUCUCAGGCUUGGAAUAGCCUAUUUUUAUAAAGCCUAGCCCACUUUCCCCCCCCCAAAAUUUGGCUGGCCAGUUUCUGUCUAAGGUGAUGUGAUGUGAAAGUUGGGAUUACCUGUGUGGUUGUGUAUGAAGCAGCAUUUUGCCACAGUGAUGAGCAGCUGAAAGCUGAACCUUUGUCCCCUUUGCAAGUCCUGACUGAGUCUGCUCCUGUGCCUGAGUCUUGCUAUUGGUUACAGUUAGGGAGAGAGAGAGGAAGAGCAGGAGACUGCUCUUGAUUUUGAGGGAUGAGACUGAGGAGAGAUAAAUAUCUGCCCAACUCAGUGUUGAUUCUCUGUUCCUUGUGCAUGAACUGCUAUGUUGUAAAGGUAAUGGGAGCAUUUCUGGCCAAAAAAAACAUGGAGAGCCAAUCCCUAAAUGUUUCCUGCAUUAUGGGAAACAGAGAAAUCCUGAUGCUGAGAGCAGAAUGAUCUCUCCCCAGUGGGAGUCCCCUGCACACAGGGAGAGCAGCCUUGCACCUGGCUUUGUCCUCUUUGUGCUCUGAGAAAAAAGCAGCCAUGACCAUGGUUGGUUCUGAUUUGUUCAGGCAAAAAAAAGUUAUACUUUCCCAGUCUCCUGGUGUUUUUUUCCAUUUGCCCCAACACAGCUGGGAUGGGCAAGGUCCUCAUUCUGCGAUUCAAUCCCUGGGUCCUCAUCCUGCUGCUGGAGCUGCUGGAGCAUCCCUUUGCACUGCAGGCACUAUGGGCAUGGCCAGCAUUUCUUGGCCAUGGAUUGUUUCAAAGGACAUUGCAGAAUUAUUUGCUUUGAAUGAAAAUAUAUAUUUAUUGUUCCUAGCUACCGAAUCCUUUAUCAUUGUACUGUUCUAAAUUUGCAGGUGUUCUGGAGUAUGAAUAUCACAAGUUCCUGUAAAGGAGCUGUUUUUAAGACGUUGAGGCAGUUAACAGAAUCUCAACCUAAGCAUGUUUAGUAAUGUUUAGACAGCAAGACAACUUUUUUAUGAAACUCAUUUUAAGUUAGUUUAUUACAUGCUGUUGGUAAUAUUUUAAAACAGGAAAAAUAUUUUUCUUUAAAGACAAAAUGAUAUGUAUGUUUUUUAACAGGUAACAUAAUUUAGUGUUUUCAAAAAUGUUUGAUGUUCUUGGUAUGAAGUUUACUCAUUCUUUUGAUUUCUAUGUUCCUUGUUAUAUUUUAUCAACUUUUUUUCCAAAAGAAAAGAGGCAUAUGCAAAUAAACACCAGAAAAAGAGUCCUAUAAGAAAUUCUGUUCAAACUGGCCAUAAAAUUAUUAGUAAAUAUUUGUUAUUGUUCAUUAAUUCUCAGCUACUUUGUUGAAAGAAUCGAUGUUGUAUUUUCAAGAUGAGAACUACUUAGCUAGUUUUGUCAUAAUCCUGUACUCUGUAUAAAAAACUUUUUAUAAACAAAGUCUAAUAGGCUACCAAGCAAUAAUAUAUUCCAUUGGGUGUGCACAGAUUGUGACUUGCAGGCUGUAGUACAUAUUGUUGAUACAGUUUAUAAUUGUCUUCAAUCUCAACAACAUCACUUUUGAAAAAGAUCCAUAUUAACUUUGACUGUAAAAAACACAGACUAGGCUGUUGCCUUGUGAGAUAUAUUCAUCCUAUAGAAUUCUUUGUGAGUGUCUGUGCCCAUCGACAUGAGAUCUCUCUUAGGUGAAGAAAGAACAACUGUAGGUGACUUCAUACUACAGAGGUGAAAAAUAGUUUCAGUAUAAACUUCAUGACUGUUUCAAUCUCCUUUUUUUCUUAAGCUAUCUAGUAUUUGUAACUUGAAGAGAAUGGUUUCCACUGCCAUUGUGGCCCUGAUAAUGCAAAAAAAGCCUUUGCACUCUGGGGCCACUUCAGUUCUGCCUGACAGCUGCCUUUUUCCUCGAGAUACCUGGAGCAGGCUAAAGGGAGGGGUAUUUUCAGAGCAGCAGCUUGGGCUGCUCUUCUUUAAAGGCUCUGUGGGUUAUUUUGUCCAUUUCAUAGGUGGUAUUUGUCCAUAUUGUUUGAAAAUUCCACCCAAGGCAGAGAGGUUGCACCUUUGCAGAGGACCAAGGUGUAAAAUAGGCACAGGCUGUUCUGUGCCUUUCUUUAGAAAUUUGCUGGUGCUGGGCUCUGAUUUUUCCAAAAUGGCAGGAUCGGGAUACUGGAUUUUAAGUCAGCUCCAUCAUUGUUGCUGUGCAUAGAAUGAAGGACCUUCAAAGCAGCAUCCCAGUCCAUUGCCUGUGGAUUCCUCCCAGCAUUUCCCAUAGGACAGGUGUCCAUGAUAUUCUCAAGAUUGCCAGACUGUGCAGGCAGCAGGUCCCAGUGGUGCUCGGACCCCCAAGGAAAAUGCUGGAAGAAUUCCUGGUUUUUGUGAAAUGCUUUGAAUAGUGGGAGAGGUGUGAAUGCAAAGUGCCAUCAGUAGAGGAGUCCAGGGUUUAUUGUGACCUGGAGGGAGCAUCUAAAAUGAAAUUGAAGCUGCCAGAUGUGAGCCAGGCGUUUAGAAAAGACGAUGAUCAGUGACAAGAGAAUGACGAGUGAAAGGCUUUUUGUGUUUCCCCCAGUGCAUACCAGCCAAGGCGUGUGUCUGUGAGCACGGCAAUUCCACAGGAAGCUUGCAGGUGAUUAGAUGUUCUCAAAAUGUGGCUUCGACUCUCACUGCCAGACUCCUCUGCUCAGUGGCCACGUCCCAGUGACCAAGCAGCCUCACAUCCCUCCCCAGCUGCUCACCCACAACAGCAGCAUCACUCUCAUCCCUGGAGAACCUCAAGCUCUUCCCACACUACAGGCACUCUCUGCCCUCCCUUCCCCUUGGUAGCUGCUCUUAUCCUAGUGGAGGAGAGGAACUGGGUAGAGUUUCUUUGUAGCAGUUGGUUCUUUGCACUUUCAUGGCUGAAACAGAAGGACCCUGCACCAGCCCUUUCCAGAGCACCAGCAAACAGAGGCGAUGACCCAAGGACUUUCCCCUUUGUGACUUUCCAGUAGCUAAAAUGGCAACCAAAGCAGGAUUGUUGAUCCCAGCUUGGCCAGGUCCAUGGACGGCCUUGGCAUUGACUCUGGGUAUGUUAUGUGAGCUGAGCCCCCUGUGUAGGGGUGGGAAGGGCUGUGUCUGGCAGAGAGGCCAUGUGGGCACACACUGAGCCACGUGGGAGCAGAACCAAACAAGGGAAUGAUUGAGGCACACCUUGCUGAAGCCAUCCCAAGAGCUGGUUUUUCUAGUUGCUUUGGCACCAAAUGUUAGGAUAUCUGCCCACUGGGACUCCAGGUCCCAUUAAAUGCCAGCCUGCAGCUUCAGCAGUUUUUUUUAUUUGGGGCUCCUGAUCCAGUGCUGCACACUGGUCUCUACUUUGGUGAUCCCAUCUUCUUGACCUGGAGCUGGUUUUGGCUUUGGAGCCAGGGCAAGGGCGGUUUGGAGGGUGAAUCUUAAGGCAUGUUUCCUUAGCCUCACCACACUGGUUUUGUCUUACUCCCAGUCCCUGCAGGCUGCUCCCUGCAUGGUGCAAGGGCAUCCCAAGGAUGCAGUGCCUCCCCUGAGACCCCCUUACACAGCACUGACAUGGCUUGCCACCCAACCAGGGAUGCCCAUGUCCUGCCAGUAUUUUGUAGCAGUCCUGCUUUCAGACUCCUUCCUUUCCCAUCCCUGGAAGGAGCCAGGGCUCUUCUGCAGGGGCUCAGCAGCCCAGGCAGGCAGGAUGUGCCGUUACUGACAGCCAGGGAGCUGCCUCUGAGCUGGCCAGGGAGAAGGGGAGCUUUCCUCUGCCUUCCCUUUGCUUUCCCCAGCACCCUCUGCUCUCUACAUGGGUCCCCACUUCCCUCUUGACACGAGGCCUUAUUCCAGCCCUUCGGGACUGAGGCUGCCCACGGCAUCUCUGCACUGAGCAUCCAUCCCCCUGCCUGCAGGGAGCCCCGGGGCGUUUCGGCAGAGCUGGCCUCUGCUCAGGGACAGGGCCACCCAGCCCAUCCUUGCUCCCACCCCACUCUGCCACCGUGAUGCAGCUCUGCCCUGUUCCCCUCUGCCAGGGCCUGGCCACUCUAGGGAAGUCUGCUUCCACAGGUUAAAACUUUUUUACUUCAUUAAUUGCUCCACAAAAACCAGUAACUUUGCAGGAGCACUACAACACUCUUCUUGCUUUUCCCUAGGAGUGGGGGCAGCUGAGAUCUGCUCUUUUUGGCCUCUGUAACCCUCUCCAAAACUUUCUGGAGGUUUUUAACAUCAUUUGGUGAGAUGUAAUCUCUGUGGAGCCAGAGGGAGCACAGGCAAUAGGGCUGGGCAGCCUGCUUGCCCAGGUGGCGAGUGGUGUGCGAGGUGCCUGGGCUGCCUUGGGUGGAAGGUGGGACACUGGCCACUUGUCUGUAGUCAGGAGAGGAUUCUGCUAUACUUUUUUCCUGUCUGUAGGUUUUAUUCAGACAAUAUGUAAUGAUUGAGUGAUUUACAAUUCAGUGUUAAGCUAAUGAAAACGUUGAUAAUGGUGAUAAUAAAACCUUUUUUUUUGUAUGGUGUGUUG